AUGACGCAUAUGAACAAAACGAGUGCAAUUGCGGAGUUUUUUAGCGAAAAAUCCGUAUUUAUUACUGGUGCCACAGGUUUUAUUGGCAAACAAUUAGUUGAAAAAUUGAUUUCUUCAUGUCCAAAUAUCAAAAAUAUUUAUAUACUGGUAAGACCUAAACGCGGUCAUACUGUUGUUGAACGUGUAAAACAAUUAUUAUCUUGUCCAUUAUUUGAUCCUGUUCGCAAAACAGAUCCAGUUUUUGAAAAUAAAAUCAAACCUAUUCAAGGUGAUAUACUUGAUCCAAAUUUUGGUAUAAAUUUUGACGAUGAACAUUUACUUAUUGAAAAUUGUCAUAUUGUAUUUCAUUCGGCUGCAACAAUAAAAUUUAAUGAAGCACUUAGAUUAGCCAUACAAAUGAAUGUUACACCGAUUAGAAAAUUAAUUUUACUUUGUCAUAAAAUGAAAAAAUUACAAGCACUUAUACAUGUAUCAACAGCGUAUGCAAACUGUAAUCGUACUAAUAUAGGUGAAAUGAUUUAUACACCAAUAAUUGAACCCCACAAAUUGAUAGACGCAUCUGAAUGGAUGGACGAUAGUGUAUUCGAUGUAUUAACAGAUAAAAUAAUUAAAGAUCGUCCAAAUACAUAUACAUAUACAAAAUCAUUAGCUGAGUAUCUUUUAUCAGAAGAAGGAAACAAUUUACCAAUUGCCAUUAUAAGACCAUCGAUUGUUGGUGCUUCAUGGAAAGAACCAUUCCCAGGUUGGAUCGAUAAUUAUAAUGGUUUAUCUGGCAUAUAUACUGCAUUUGGUAAAGGUAUGCUUCGAACAAUGUUAGGAAAUAAAAAUGCUGCAGCUGAUCUAAUACCUGUCGAUGUUGUUGUUAAUAUGAUGAUAUCAAUUGCAUGGUAUACAGCAGUAAUUAAUCAAUCUAAAAAUAUUAUUGUCUAUCAUUGUUGUGUUAAUAAUUGUCCAUUAUGGGACGAAUUAGCCAGAUAUGCCAUACAACAUGUGCAUGAAAAUCCAUUUGAAAAUCCCAUUACAAUUCCAGAUUGGACAUUUACAAAAAAUAAAUUUAAUUUCUUUAUUAAAAGAACAGUGGAAGAACUUUUACCAUCAUAUAUACUUGAUAUAUCUAUGCGUCUAACUGGUCGUAAACCAAGAUUUGUUAAAUUAUCUGAUAGAAUCAAUAAAGCUGUGCGCAUCGUAGACUUUUUUUCAAUGCAUCAAUGGAAUUUUUCAAAUGACAAUAGCUUGAUGUUACAAAAUAAAAUGAAUGCUGCUGAUUUAAAUUUAUUUGGAUUUGAAACAAAAAAUAUGAAUUGGUCUGAUUAUAUGAAAAAUUAUUGUAUAGGAAUUAAAGUAUAUCUUCUACGCGAAGAUUUAAAUCAAAUGGUAAAAUGUCAAAAAUAUAUACAAAAACUGAAAUAUCUUCGUAGAGCAAUUAUGUUUCUAAUUGUUACUUUAAUUAUGAGAUUUUGUGUAAAAUCUACUAAAUUACGUAAUAUACUAAGUUUAUUUUUACGUUUUGUAGUAAAUUUACGCUUGUCAGUACAACACUACACUGUCAGUGGAUAUUCAUCAAAAUAA